AUGCUCAACAAGCUGUCCGGACAGCCAGAGAGCUACGAAAAGAAGUACAGCCUUAUCCUAGCCCUCUUGCCCUGCACAUACGGAAUUGUUCGCGAGGCGGAUGCCACCGACGGACAGAAGGUUGCGAUCAAGAUAAUCCUCAAGAAAAAUGUCCGUGGCAAUGAGAACAUGGUCUACGAUGAGCUUGAGAUGCUGCAAUCCCUCCAACAUCCCCACAUUGUCUCGUUCGUCGACUGGUUCGAAUCUAAGGACAAAUUCUAUAUCGUCACACAGCUAGCCACCGGUGGCGAGUUGUUCGACCGGAUCUGCGACUAUGGAAAGUUCACUGAGAAGGAUGCGUCGCAGACCAUCCGCCAGGUGCUUGAUGCCGUCAACUAUCUACACAAGCGCAACAUCGUUCACCGAGACUUGAAACCCGAGAACCUCCUCUACCUCACCCGCGCUGCCGACUCUCAAUUGGUUUUGGCAGAUUUCGGUAUCGCGAAGAUGCUGCACGACCCCUCUGAGGUACUGACCAGCAUGGCCGGCUCCUUUGGAUAUGCUGCUCCCGAGGUCAUGCUCAAGCAGGGCCACGGCAAGGCUGUCGAUAUGUGGUCGCUCGGUGUCAUCACCUACACCCUGCUGUGUGGCUACUCGCCCUUCCGAGCCGAGAACCUGACCGAUCUCAUCGAAGAAUGCCGCACAGGCCGUAUCAUCUUCCACGAGCGAUACUGGCGUGAUGUGUCCCAGGACGCAAAAGAUUUCAUUCUCUCUCUUUUGAAUGCGGACCCCAGCAAACGAGUUACCUCCGAGGAAGCCCUGAAGCACGAAUGGCUGACUGGAAAGACUGCGAGCGACCGCGACUUGCUGCCCGAAAUCCGCACCUACAUUGCACGUGCCCGUCUCCGCCGCGGAAUCGAGAUCGUCAAGCUCGCCAACCGUAUCGAGUCACUCAAGAUGCACGAGGAUGAGGACGGAGAGGAUAUCCCCAGCCCCAUGGACAUGGGCGCCCAAACCGAAGAGUCAAGUGUGGCUGAACCACCAGUGUCAGACGGUGAUGCCAGUUCUGCCAGCCCUACCAGCCCUGCCAGCCCUGGUCAUGCAAAGAAGAAGAGUCUGGCAAGCGCUGCUCGUGGUGCUAUUUUCCGUGAAGUUGUUCUGGCUAAGGUUCGCGAGCAGAAGGAGGCUGAGGAGCGGGAGAAGGUUGAACGUGAAGCUCGCGAAAAGGCUGGUUCUUCUUAA